AUGAAUCUUGAUGGUGUGGAGGCUGAGGCGAGCAAGCCGACGAGCGAGAGUGCGGCGGCACCGGUGGAUGAUGCCGCAGCGGAGCUGGAGGCUAUGCUGGCAUCGGUGCAGAAGCUGGAUGAGGAGGCGGCGAUGAUGGCCAAGCUGCAGGCGGCCGAGGAGGUCGGGAGCGGUGCUGCGGCGAGCGGAGAGGCUGCCAGCACGACUGGUGGCGAGGAGAAGGGCGGGCUUGGACGCGGUGGUGUCGACGAUGAGGUCGACUACGAGGAGAUGAACGCGCGGACAGUGCUGGUGACCAACGUCGACUUCUCGGCCACGGACGACGAUCUGACCGAGCACUUUAGCUCGUGCGGCGCCAUCCGCCGCAUCACCAUCGCCAAGGACAAGUUCACUGGUCGCCCGCGCGGCUUUGCCUACGUCCAGUUUGACGACAAGGACAAUGUGUACAACGCCAUCCUCCUCAACGAGUCGCUGCUCAAGGGCCGGCUCAUCAAGGUUGUGCCCAAGCAGACCGGCCGAGGCCGCCGCCGCCGUCGUCGUCGGCGUCGCCGCCGCCGCCGCUCCUCGUACUAUGCCCCGUAUUGA